AAAGCGCGAACACACAUUGAUAUUAUCGAAAAUGUAUCAGUAACAUGGUAUUACUUUUAAUUGAUUAUUCCAUAACCGCAUUAACCAUUUAAAAUUUUGUUAUAUAUGCACAAGGCUAUUAUUCAUUAGAGAAAUUAAAUUUUAUUUUCUAAUUAUCCAUGAAGGGAAGUCAUGAACCCCGUUCAAGCUCAUCUUGCGCAGCUUGCAGAUCACUCAAGAGAAGAUGCACUCCCACCUGCAUUUUCGCACCCUAUUUCCGCUCCGACGAGCCCAAAAAAUUCGCCCAAGUUCACAAAGUGUUCGGAGCAAGCAAUGUGAGCAAGAUCCUAACUGAAGUCCCCGAGGAUCAGCGCGCAGACACGGUGAAUUCGCUGGCUUAUGAGGCCGAGGCGAGGCUGAGAGACCCUGUUUACGGCUGCAUUGGCGCCAUAGCUAUGUUGGAAAGGAAGAUGAUUCAGUUACAGCAUGAUCUGGCCAUUGCUCGAGCUCGUCUCGUUUGCUAUGCUCCAAAGAAUUCGCCCUCAUCGUCGUCAUCAUGUUUUUCUUGUUGUCCCAUGUUACAUGAGGAUACUUUCUCAGGAUUUCCUGCUUGGAGUGGAUUAAACGGUAACAAUUUCAGCCAGAAUGCAUCUGAAUUGAUCAGCCAGCAAGGACAAACUAGUGAUUUUAGCUAUUCUUCAUAUACACUCUGAAUU